CCCUUCACACCUCAAAGGAUGAUCCCUUCAACACCCCAAUAGAAGACCACACCCCAAAAGAUGACCCUUUCACUACACCAGGGUCAAUGUUCCAUAAGGAAGACCCAUUUCCAGAUGAACAGUUGACUUCCACAUCACGUCCUAAAGAAGAAGCUAAUCCAGCUCAAGAUGCUCCAUCCACACCAACACAACAAACAGAAAAUGAUCCAUUUGUCACCGCAGCACCUAUGUCCAAGAAGGAUUCCUUCACUGGACAAUAUAGAACAUCAAAACAGGAGCCUGUAACUCUGCCCACAAUAACGUCCGAAGAGAAUCCUUCCUCUGCACCAUCUGAAUUUAACAGCCAAGUUAAUGUACAAGCAACUCCUCCUGAAAAUGGAAACUCUGAUUCCUUUAUUGCUCAAUUAGUGAGUUCACCUCAAGGCAGUGCAGAUCCAUGGGCAGUCCGUUCUCCACUUGCCAUGGACUCCGAUCCCUGGGGGGGUGGAGCAAGUGAGUUCUUACCUACUGAUACAUCUGACCCCUUUAAAGAUACAUCCAACCCAGUCAGUGACCCAUGGGUGGCAGAAGAUCCGCAAAGAGGGCAAGUCUCAGUUCCACCUUCAGACUUCUCUCCGUCGACUGACCCAUUUGGAGAUGGGUCAUCUAAGGGCAAUGAUCCCUGGACUACAUCUAGCACCAACACCACAGAAAACUCCCUAGACCAGAACCCGACCUUUAUCUAAUUUCAGAAAAGAGAACAGCACAAGAUGACAAGGUUUACAGGAAGACCAGUCUUUUUUUGGGCCAGGAGGAUGUGUCGCUUAGAUGAUCUGUUUUCUUCAUUCCUCAAACCGUGGAUCACCAUAAGUACCAUGCAACCCCCCGCCCUCUCCCGGAGGCCCCAGUGAGGACAGGAAGAAAAACCAUGGCUGUGACUAAAACAUGCACCAAACUGGUUUUCACCCAAAGAUUCAUUGUUGUCGCUCCAGGUGUUGAGAAUGGGUCGAGAUGGGGAGGUGGGGGGGGGGGGGGGAAUUGACAGUUAUUUAUUAGUAGGUUUGUGUGAUGACAUGUUGCUGUUGCCCCCUGUGGUCAGGCUGGGUCAGGUACUGUUGUAGUACGUAGAUGUUGCUCAGGGUUUAUGUGAGAGUCCGUGACCUUUGUCCCUCCCUAAGACUCCUGACAGUUUCGACCUCCGCACUCCACCCGGUCUCGGCCUAACACUCCACCCGGUCUCGGCCUAACACUCCAACCGGUCUCGGCCUAACAGUCCACCCGGUCUCGGCCUAACACUCCACCCCGUCUCGGCCUAACACUCCAACCGGUCCCGGCCUAACAGUCCAACCGGUCUCGGCUUAACACUCCACCCGGUCUCGGCUUAACACUCCACCCGGUCUCGGCUUAACACUCCACCCGGUCUCGGCUUAACACUCCACCCGGUCUCGGCUUAACACUCCACCCGGUCUCGGCCUAACACUCCACCCAAACUAAAAAACAUUUCACCUUAUCCUACAUCAGUUCAAAUUGCUCUGAUUCGUCUAUUGUUAACUGCAUUAAUACUGCAGAUGAUGAGCGCCCUCUGCUGCUGACCGCUUUUUGGAAUUUUAUCACAUACAAUUGAGCUGUUACAUUUGACCACACCCCCUCACCCUUGGCUGUUGUUAUGGGAACGUGCAUCUUUGUCUUUUUCUGUUCUGGUGAAUUUUCUGUCCAAUUCUUUGGACUCUUCUUCUCUCCGACUCUUUUGUCUAAUUUUUCAGGUGGCUUUAAAUUCAGUGGUUUGAACUCGGGCCUCGUCAUCGUCGUCACUUCUGGGGCCAUGGCUCGACUGUGUUCAGUCUGGUCGUUCUCCGUUCAGGUGUCAGGUGACCAAAGUCCUUUAACUGAAACUCACUUUCACAGUUCUUCUUUUGAGUCUCAUUUCUACUCUAGUCUGUCUUCUGGAGGACUGGUGUGAUGCCCCCUUGUGCCGGCCUGGGAGUAGUGCAGUGCAGACUUCUGGGAACCGUUUGACAACUGAGUCUGCAGUUCCAGGUUUAGAUACAGGACUUCCAACAGAGCCCAAUUGGAGGUUUAGGUCCAGUGGUCAUCUCUAACAGUUUGUUCACUAACAAAGUUAAUAGAAGUGACUACUUCUAUUGAAACACUGACCCCUACAGGAAGCAGAAAUACAUAUGUAAUAUAUAUUAUAUAUAAAUAUUCAUAGAUAGAUAUAACUUAUUCUCCAAUGCCAUAUAAAAAAUCCAAGAUUUUGGAUCAGAGUGGACGCAUUUCUGCACUGUUCCUCAACAGUUCCAGCCAACCAAGAGCACACAGUUUGACCAAUCAGCUGUCUGAAGACUGAGAUCAGUUGAUUAAAUAUGUCAAGUCUUGUGUGCUGUUGUUCACACCUGCUGGUCCACUGCUGCCUCCUGUGGUCAGUUCGUGUCAUUGCUGUAUCAGUACAUUUGAGUUCUUGUGAGCUAAAAUCGCUGACCUGCAUUAUGAGGUUGGGUGAGUGACAGUGAUUGGUUCACAAGUUUCGCUUUCCUGAAAUCUGGCCUGGGCAUGAGCAAUUAAUCUGACUUCAAUGAUAGUACGCCCCCUGCUGGUACACCCCGGUAUCACAGUCUUUUUUGCAUCAUCAGCUGAUGUAUUGAUAGCUUGUGUUUCUUCUUGUGUAUAUGUGUGUGCCAUCAUCAGGAAGAAAGCUGUACUGCAGCGUUGUAAAAUUGAUUUUGAUUGGUUUGUUUGUGGCGGAUAAAAAAAGAAAAGAUUUUAUUCACAUGAAUUCUUUCAUUAUAAUUUUGUAUAAAAUGUAUUUAUUUUGCUGUGUAUUUAACAAACAGUGGUGACAACAAUAUAAAAGAAUAAAACGCUACCAUGAGAAACUGAACUGAGGUGGUGUCACAAUGUACCAAAGAAAGGAUUCUGGUUGGAUGUCAGCUGUGAGUCAGAGCGCACUGAUAAUCUGUCAGAUUAAACAGUAAGUAGAAGAGGUCAGAGGUCACGGAGGAGGAGAUGAAGAAUAAGAGGGAGAGGGAGGAGGAGGAGCAGGAGGAGAGUGACAGAUGGAAGUGUGAGGAUUAGAGGAGACAAAGAACUGAUGACAAAAUUCAACCAAGACACAAGACAAAGAGGAGGCGCAGAGGAGAACAUGCAGAGAGGAGGAGAAAACAUCCACAAGACUCCAGGAAACACUUCUGAACCAGGAUCCUCCUCUGUGGCGCCGUCCUUCACCUGCAGCCAUGCUGGAGAAGAUGUCCAGACAAAACCGGUCCCUGCUGUCGUUGUCUCUGACCUCACUGGCUCUAACAUUGUCCAUCUCAGCAUUCUGCACCUCCUAUUGGUGCGAGGGAACCCACAAGGUGGUGAAACCACUGUGUCUGUCUCCGGUCAAGAUGAAGAACUGUGGACAGAACAACAGCCAGCCGUACACAACAGAGGCCCCCACCCCAGACCCCAAGAAGCCCCCGUCCAACGUAACGCUGUCUCCGCUGCAGAGGGAGGAGGUGGCCAGGCUGAGGAGGAAGCAGCUAGCCAACGCGGUCCAGUACAUAUGGGAGACGGGAGAAGACAAGUACAUGUUACGAUACUUUCACACCGGCUUCUGGCUCUCCUGUGAAAAACAGCAUGAAGGUGAAGACCAGGAAGAAAACUGUCGAAGCUUCAUCGAGCUGACGCCUGGAGAAAGUCAAGGUGUCCUCUGGUUGUCUGUGGUCAGUGAGUUCAUGUACAUCGGUCUUCUGUCCAUGGGCUUCCUGCUCAUGUGUGUGGAGUCCAUGUGUCUGUGUGUCCAGAGGGAGAUGAACGCCCUGAAGAUCAACGCCUUCGCUGCCAUGUGCACCGUCCUCUCAGGAAUGAUGGGGAUGGUGGCCCACAUGAUGUACACCACCGUCUUCCAGAUGACCGUCAGCAUCGGUCCCAAAGACUGGAGACCUCAGAGCUGGGAUUACGGCUGGUCCUUUGCGAUGGCCUGGCUGUCGUUCAGUUGCUGUAUGGCUGCUGCCGUGGCGACCUUGAACUCCUACACCAAGACCGUCCUGGAGAUGAAGCACCGAGCCCGGGCCCGGCUGGAGGAGGCACGAGCUGCUGUAUGUGCUCCUUCCUAUGAGGAGGUGGUGCGAUCUGGGGAUUUGGGGGUCUACUCUGUCACAGAGAUGAUCCAGUUAGGCCAGCAGGGGGCUAUGAUGGAUCCACUGUGGUAUGGAGGGGUGGGCACAGCAGUCGGACCUCUGGCUUGUGGAGUCAGGCGUGCGCUGAUUGUCGGAGGAGGAGGACUAGGAGUUGGAGGACCAGAGGUUGAAGGACUAGGAAUGGGAAUGGGUGAAUUGGCAGCUGUGGAGGGAGUGAGGCCUGAUGGGAGUAGGGGGGCAGUGGACGAGGGUCUGACUCUGGACCCUCAGGACCUCGUGAUUCUGGGUAAUGACAUAUGUGAAGACUGUGAACGUGAAAUGGACCAGAUGGUGGACGGUCUGUGUCCAGAGGACUGAGACAGACCUGAACCAGAACUGGAUCCA